UCUCACUGGACAGUCGAGUCUUCAUCAGCCUCAGUCGGCCGGCCAUGAUCUUCCGCCUUCCUCCGAACACUCUGUUCAUCUCUCAAAUCACAAAAACUAGAGAAUAAAAAUACAUAAUCUCAAAUCUGCAGCUCCUUCCUCCAUUGUUUUCUGAACAGGUGCUUGAAGAGGAAGUCGAUGGAGGGCUCAGAUAAAACGGCGGAAGAAAAUCCAGCAGAAUGCUUGCUGGAGAGCAUCGAGAUUGAUCGGAUGGCUGACAAAAACGUCGAACUAAAAGAUUUGAACGGGACGGUGGAGUUGAAGCAGAGCAGUUGUGGUGGCGACGUGAAGAAGACCGGCGGCGAUUCUUCUCAGCCAACUGUCAGAGAUAAAAGGCGACGGAAAGGAUUUAAUAUGUUGAGGUUUCUGGAAGGUUCCAUCGCCGGAAAAGAAGAGGAAGCGUGGAAGUCAAUUGAGAAGCGGUUUAAGCAGCUAGCGCCUGAUGGAAAACUUCGCAAGGACAAAUUUGGAGCCUGCAUUGAUAUGAAAAAGGAUCCAACAGACUUUGCCGGGGAACUGUAUGUUGUAUUGGCUAGGAGAAGAGAGAUUAAGGCAGAGAAAGGAAUUACACUUCAAGAAUUGAGAGUGUUUUGGGAAGAUUUGAAUAAAGAUGACCUAGAUUCGAGGCUUCAGAUAUUCUUCGACUUAUGUGACAAGAAUGGCGACGGUAAGAUCUCAAAGGAAGAGGUGAAGACGGUAUUGGAGUGGAGUGCUUCUGCAAACAACUUGACAAAUCUGAAAAAACAAACUGACACAUUCGCAUCUCUGAUCAUGGAAGAGCUUGAUCCAGACCGCAACGGAUUUAUUGAGAUCGAGCAUAUGGAAAUUCUAGUAAAGGAGAUGUGGAGCAGUGAAGAAGGGAAAAGGUUGCAGAGCCAAGAUUCUAAACUUCAGGUAUCGUCCCUGAUUCUAAGCAAAUAUGGAACUCCAGCAAGCAGGUUUCUAAGGGAAACAAAAGAAAUUAUGAAUGCGAAUUGGAAAAGAAUCUGGGUUUUCACACUGUGGGUAGCCAUAAAUGUGGGUCUGUUCGUUUGGAAAUUCAUGGAGUACAGGAACAAAGGGGCGUUUCAAGUGAUGGGUUAUUGCCUUUGUGUUGCAAAGGGAGCAGCUGAGACUCUGAAAUUCAAUAUGGCUCUAGUUCUGUUUCUUGUUUGUAGAGGCACAUUAACCAUACUUAGAUCCACCUUUCUCAGCUCCAUAUUCCCUUUUGAUGACCAUAUCAAGUUCCACAUGCUGACUGCUAUAGCCAUUGCAGUGGGCACUUUUCUUCAUGUGAUAAUGCAUUUGACCUGUGAUUUUCCAAGAUUGACCUCAUGCCCAAGCAACAAAUUCAUGGCAAUUCUUGGGCCAAAUUUUGACUUCAAGCAGCCAAGUUACCCUGACUUGGUUGCUAGUGUUCCUGGUGUUACUGGAAUCCUCAUGGUCAUUAUAAUGGCCUUCUGCUUCACACUGGCAACUCCUUUAUUCAGGAGGAAUGCCGAAAAGUUACCGCCGCUGUUUCGCCAUUUGGCAGGCUUCAAUGCCUUCUGGUAUGCACAUCAUUUGCUUAUUCUGGUCUAUGUCCUACUGAUCCUUCAUGGCUACUUCAUAUACCUAACUCAGGAUUGGUACAAGAGAACGACAUGGAUGUACAUUGCAGUUCCAUUACUUCUGUAUGUGAGUGAGAGACUUAUUAUAAAAUUCCACGAAUUUUACCAUAAAGUCAGUGUGAAAAAGGGAGUAGUAUAUAGUGGAAAUGUUCUAGCAUUAUACUUGGCGAAACCUUCGGGAUUCAAGUACAAAAGUGGAAUGUAUCUCUUUGUUAAGUGCCCGGAUAUAUCAAAAUUUGAAUGGCAUCCAUUCUCUAUCACUUCUGCACCAGGAGAUGACUAUUUAAGUGUCCAUAUACGUGCAGUAGGAGACUGGACAAGAGAGCUCAGAAACAGAUUUAAAUCCGUAUGUGAACCUGAAAACACAAGGAAAAAGGGGGGAAUUGUUAGACUGGAAACCAAAACGUUUUCGGAUUACGUUCCUUCAGAAUCAAGUGACAAAUAUCCUCAGAUUUUCAUCAAAGGACCAUAUGGAGCUCCAGCACAGGGUUACAAGAAGUAUGACAUUCUGUUGCUCAUAGGCCUUGGAAUUGGGGCUACUCCAAUGAUCAGUAUUUUGAAAGAUUUACUUAACCACAUGAAAACAAAUGAAAGCUCCCACUCUACCGGAUCUCCAAAGGUCCCAAAGAGAGCAUAUUUCUAUUGGGUGACAAAGGAACAAGCAUCAUUCGAUUGGUUUAAAGGUGUCAUGGACGAUAUAGCGGAAUACGACCAAGACAAAAUAAUAGAAAUGCACAACCACUUAAGCUGCGUGCACGAGGAAGGCGAUGCACGAUCCGCGCUCAUUACAAUGGUGCAAAGAAUUCAGCAAUCUAGAGGUGAAGUCGACGUCAUCUCGGGAAGCCGGAUAAGGACUCAUUUUGCAAGACCGGACUGGAAGAAAGUUUUCAGAGGGUUGGCAUCUACACACAAAGGUUCUGAAAUUGGUGUAUUUUACUGUGGACAACACUCUCUUGUGAAGCAAUUGCGCGAAUGCUGCAAAGAAUUCAGCGACAGCUCAACAAGGUUUCACUUCCACAAGGAGAACUUCUAGAGAACUUCAAAAAGUUAAAGAAAGCUACCAUCUUUUUGAGGUAAUUUCUCUGUGUGUUUUAAGUUAUAGCCAACCAUUUGGAAAGUUAAUCGCUCCACUUCCAAGUUGGCUUGGUUUUUCCUUUAAAAAGAACAAAGAGCAAAAAGAAGCUUUAUGUUCCACUAUCCAGCAUAUAGUAAUUUGUGCAGUCUCCCAUCAACUUUCUUUGGCUGCUCUUUGUAAUAAUUGUGGCCUAACGGAUAUCGACUUCUAUAAAGGAAGUGUAUAUAUCAUAUGUUGCUUUUAAAUCCAUCA